AUAAUUUUGGGUAAAAUUUUUUUUUUGUAAUAUUUACAAUUUAGAAAACAAAAUUUAUAUUUUUAUAGUGUUUAAAUAUUAAGUGGUAAAUAUAAAAGUGGUAAUUUAAUAAAAAUUUAAAGUAUUCGAACUAUAAUAAAAUAGUGAUAUAUACUCAAGUAUAUAAUAUAACCUAAUAAGAAAAUAAAAUCAGGAGAAGGAGAAAAAAAAAUCAAAAAUGUCAAAUAUGAACAAUGACAGUAAGAAGGAUAAUAAUCCUGAUGAGAAAAGUAUUGAUGAUAAAAAAGUAAUAACAGAUAUAAAGCCGACAACGACUACUUUAAAGGAUGUUGUUAUACAUGAAUUGGAAAGGAUAGGAAAAGGUGGAUGGUGGGUUUGGAGUUUAUUUUUUCUAUGCGUCACACCAAAUAUUUUAAAUGGAUUUCAUGUAUCAUCAUAUGUUUUUUUGGGUCAUAUACCAGAAGAAGUUCACUGUUCAGUUGAUGUAUUAAGAGAUGCAAAUUGGACAACUUCACAAAUUCGUAACAUUACCGAAUAUAAAUUAAAUACAAAAGGCUGUACAAUAUGGAAUUAUGACUAUGUAAAAUUAGUUGAAAUGGGUUAUGAAGAAGCCUUCCAGUAUAUUAAGACACAUGAAACACAAGAAGUAUCAUGUCGAUCAAAGAAUGGUACAAAAUUUGAAUAUGAUCAUGAGAUGGGUGCUACUAUUGUUGCUGAGUGGGAUUUAGUUUGUGAAAAAUCUGUUCAUAGAACAUCCGCUCAACUUUUAGUAUCGAUUGGUAAAUUUUUAGGUGCAUCAUCAUUUGGUGUUGUCUCAGAUAAAUAUGGAAGAAAGACAAGUUUUUCAAUAGCUGCAAUUUGUUAUAUGGCAGGAAGUAUAUUAACAACAGUAUCGCCAUGGUAUGCACUAUUUUUAAUUGGAAGAUUAUUAUUGGGUGCUGCUGCUUCUGGUAUAUUUUAUCCAGCUUUUGCAUUAUUAACUGAAAAUAUCAGCUUAAAACAUCGUUCUUGGAUGAGUAUAGCUUUUAGUGCAUCAUAUCCAACUGGUAUGCUUCUGUUGGCUUUAGCAGCAUAUUUAGUAGAUUCAUGGCGUUAUUUACAAUUGUCUUUAACAAUACCUGGCUUUUUACUAAUUUUGAACAUAUUCUUAAUGCGUGAGUCUCCUAGAUGGUUACUGAGUCAUAAUCGUGUUGCAGAUGCUUAUAAAAUUGUUUUCAGAAAGAAGAAAGACUUAGAAUUCAAUCAAAUUGAAGAAAAACCUAUCAUUGAGCAGAAAAAAGAAGAAAAAAUGGAAGGACAAUGCAUGUGGACAAGAAUUCGCGGUUGUUUUAAAGAAUUUGGAGCUUUAUUUGGCCCACCAAGAAUAAGACGAAUGGUUUUGACUUGUUAUUUUAUGUGGUGUGUAACGUCCCUUUGUUAUUAUGUUACUGCAUUGAACGCUGAUAAUUUGGCAGCAAAUCGCUACAUGUACGUAGCAAUUACUGGAUUAGUAGACAUUCCAAGUUAUAUUUUACCGAUGAUUUUAUUGAAAUUUAUGGGAAGAAGAAAGGCUGCAACAACAAUGUUUGCAAUUGCUGGCAUAUCGUUGCUUUUAGUAUUGGCUGUUCCACAGGGUUACGAACAGUGGUUGGUUGUAUUUGCGAUGUCUGGACGAUUUGGUAUAAGUGGAGUUUAUUCAAUUGUUACCCUUUUCACAACAGAAUUAUUUCCAACGGAAAUUCGAAAUACAGCUUUGGGAACAUGUUCAACAAUGUCACAUGUUGGUAGUAUGAUUGCCCCAUAUGUUGUAGAUGUUUUGGGUCUUGUUGGUGCAUUCAUUCCGACAACGUUAUGUGGUAGUUUAGUUCUUGUAGCUGGUGUCUUAAUAUUAACACUUCCAGAGACUGGUACACGUAAGUUAGCUGAUAAUGUUGGUGAAGAAAAUGAAGAACUGAAAGAUAGUGAGGAUGCUUAAAUAAUAUAUGUAGUAUAAUAAGGACAAUAUAAGUGUAUAAUAAUUUUUUUUACAUUUACCAUAGAGUUAUUAAAAUAAUUAAUAAUAUUUUUUAUAAAUAUAUAUUUAUAUGAAUUAUGUAAAAUUUUAUAUUGUAAGAUUUAUAUGUUAAGUUUUGUAUUCGUUUUAUGUAAAAAAAAUGAAAAACAAUUUUUUGUUUAAGAUUUAAAAUAGUUGUUAGAUUAAAAAAUAACAAAAAAGUAGAAAAACAAAAAAAAGAAUCCUAAUAUCUUAAAAUACCUAUGUGAAAAA